AUGUACAAGGCCAAUCCUUCGACGUUCAACCUGACUCACUUCAUCUCAUCAACUUUGAGAGAAGCUAGGAUAUUUGGUAAUCCACUUGAUCCCGAUGCGUGGGAGAUGCCGGAUUCCUUCUGGGACCAAUGGGGUGGGUGGUUCCCUCCUGGAAGAGCCUACUGCGCUUCACUGGGUGCAUGGAGAAGGAGAGAUGGACACACUGGAUCGACGGUUGUGGAGAUGAUCUUGGGUCUCAAAGGGGAGAAACUCAAAAGGAGGGAAGGGUGGGUGGGUAAACCACCUGGAUGGAAGAUGCCUCAGUAG